AUAAUCUCAGCACUCUCCGACACAGCGGGCCUAAUACGCAAUACUCAGCCGUGUUGCAGCAUCUGCGAGCCGUUUCCAGCCGUUUCCAGCAAGCUCUUUGCGCGGGACGAUCGCUGCUGCACGCUCGACGUUCAACACUCGAGCAGUGAUAAAAGACAGCCAUGUCGACCGGCAAUGGAAACGACGCAGACGUCAAAGCCAUGCAAGCCGAGCUGCGCGAGCUGCGUGCUCGUGUGAGAACCCUCGAGGCGGAGAAAAGGCGCCCGACGCUCGAGGGCCACGGCGCGCGCGUCCAGGCCAUCGCCGCGGAGGCUGCAGCUCUCCAACCGCUGAAAGAGGCGGCCGCGGCCACGGCGCCGGCGUCCGCGGCCGCGCUCGCGCUCGGGCCGAGCGUGCGAUUGGAGUACACGCGGGACUCGCCCAUGUUCCGCAAGCAGUGCGAGGCGUUCGAGAACUCGCUGGCCGGCCUGGACAGCCUGCUCGGCGGCCUGGCGAUCCGCUUGCGGGACUGGUCGGCGGCGCUACGCGCGUCGCGCGACGCGGCGCGGGAGUGCGCGGCGUGGCUGAAGGAUAGGCGGCACGCGCGGGCGCUGUUUGGGGGGAACGAGGCCCUGGGCGACAGCUCGGCGCGCUGCGCGACGCUCGCCGACGCCCUCGACAGCUACGCGCAGCGCCAGGGCCGGCUGGCGGACGCGUUCGGGGCCGAGGUCGCCUCGGCCUUAGAUGCGUUCCGCGCGGAGGAGCUGGGUGAUUGUGAAGGGUUCAUCGGCGACGUCUGGCGUUUAGGUGAUGCCUACGAGCAGAAGCUCUGCGCAGCGCUGCGCCUGGAUACUCUAGAUGGCGAGGCGCGCGCCGACCUGAAGGACGCAAGGGGCGCGUUCGAGCGGUCGCGGCUGGCGUUGGUGCGCUACCUGAACGGCGUCGACGCGGCGAAAUGCAUCGUGAUCGGCGAGGCCGUCGCCGCGGCGGGCGAGGCCCUCGAGGACGACCGACGGAGCGGCGAGGGCGAGGCCUUUUGGCGCCUCGAGGCGGAGGCCAGUCUCUGCAGGCAGGCCCUGCCUGUUGCGGCCAAGCGGCGGCGGAUUGACGGAGAGCUAUGGGAUCGGGUGGGGGAGAGAUUGGAGGGCGAGCUGCGCGACGAGCUGCCGGGCGGCUCGCCGCGUACCUCGUCCGCGCCGACCUGGUCGGCAGCGCUGACGACGGAGGUGCGAUCCGCGGCGUCGCUCCGGGCCUCGCGGAGCGACCUCGCGCACGCGCGGGACGAGGAGAUCCUCAAGCAGGGCUACCUGCACCGGCGCGACGACGGCCUGCUGGGCACGCUGACCCGCGUCGCCGGCAUGGCACCGAAGCGGCGGUGGCACCGGCUCCACGGCGGCGCGCUGUACUACUUCGACGUCACGAGCUGUGUGGAAAUCAACCUGUGAGUUAGAUUCUCGCGGAGAUCUUCGUGAGCCUCCACGCCAUCGAGCGGACGCAGUCACGGGAACGACAUCGCGUCGAUGGCGUGGGGCGCCUGAAUUUGAUUUCCACACAGGUCACGAGCAAGGACAAGAAGCUGCUCGAUCUCGCGGGCUGCACCGUCGUCCGCGGCACGGACCGCGGCGAUGGUGUGUUUGGGGGCGCGUUUGCGUUCGCCGUCAUCGCCGAGGACGGGUCGCGCUUGUGCCUGCAGGCGGAAAACGAGGACGAGCGCCUGCGGUGGGUCUCGGCGCUGCGGCGGGCGACGGGCGCGCCGCUGAACGACUUCGCCUCGAUCGGGGCCUUCCAGGCCGAGAACCCGGCCUGCGCGGAGUGCGCCUCGGACGAAGCGGACUGGGUGUCGACGUCCGUCGGCGUCGCAUUAUGUGCGGACUGCGCGGCGGCGCACCGCCGAUUGGGCGGCGACUUCGGGCGCCUGCGCGCAUUGUCGCUGGACGCGUGGUCGCCGCUGGUCCUGGAUUAUUUGUUGCAGUCGGCGGGCAACGAGCGCGCGAGGGACGUGUGGGAAGCCGUGGGACCGCCGACGGGCUGGAGCCGGCCGGCGCCCGACGCGCCGGCGCACGUCAAAGAACAGUGGGUCGUCGCCAAAUACGCCUGGCGCGGCUUCCUGGCCGAGAACGUCUUCGAGGAGGAGCCGAGCCGCGCGCUGAAGGCGGCCGCCGCCUCGGGCUCGCUCCGGGACGUCGUCGCGGCGAAGGCGCGCGGCGGCGACCCGAACUGGCGCGACGAAGGAUUGGAUGAUGACGACGGCCGCACGUCGCUGCACGCAGCGGCGGCGGCGGGGCGCGCGGACGUCGUCGCGUUCCUGCUGCUGAACGGCGCCGUCCUCGACGACGAAGUGCAUGCAUUAGCGGCGGCGACGGCGAAGGGGGUGGAGAUCUCCCGGAUCCUGCUCGAGUACGACCAGGGGGAGUUGUGGUAAUGUGUACUGUGAUGCGUCC